AUGUUUUACUUUAUUUUGCUUAGUGUUGUUGCUGCUUCUAAUACCACCACCUGGUCUUUGGUUACCGAUUAUACAACAUACUGUCCUGAAUCCACAGAAAUUACUGUUAAUGACGAGGUAGUUACGAUAACGGGUCCUACAACCUUAACGCUAACUGGCGAGUGUACGCUUGAUUAUGUUGCUACGGUAGAGGCCGUGCCUUCGUCGGUUGCGAAUGUUAGUGUUAUAGAGUCGAAUGGUGCUAAACGAUUAGGGAUGGGUUGUGCUGCUGUUGCUGGUGUUCUCGUUGCAUUGAUUUAG